AUGAUUUGGUACCUCCUUUAUCCAUUUAGAGGAACUACCGAACCUCCCGAUCUUGAUCUUAAACAUCCCAUCCGAGACCGAUUUACUCAAUUUGGAUACAAUGUCGCAAAGCACUCAGUCGCCACCAUCACUAUCUCUGCUAUCGUUGCAACAUUACUCAUCUACCCCUUUCCUUUUCUCUUUACAAAUGACUUCACAAAUGGCGCAUCGAAUUUACCACAUCAUGUAUGGUCUUCGGCGCAACCUCUACAAGCAUUGGAUGGAACAAGGAAACCGGAUGUGGUCAUGAGAUCUAUAUGGGUACAUGGCAGCUAUAUGAAAGCUCUGAAAGCAGAUGUUCUCCAAGCAGCAUUGGAGAUACAGGAUACUAUUCUGGGCCCCACUAUCAAUUUCAACCCUCGCAAAGAAAGCAAACAAGUUCAGAUUGAUGACACCGAAGCCGAAAUGUCAGUGGAUAUUCGGGAUUCCUUUCAUGCAGUCAAUGGCCUAUCAAAUUCGUCUUGGUUUUUUCUUUCGCCUUUACAAUAUUGGUCAUGCUUGAAGGAAACUAUCUCAGCGGAUGAGGACAUUAUAACAACAGUCAACAAAAAUCUACACCAAUCGACUUCUGUCAAUGUUACCUUGAGACACUCUAUUGUCUUCAGUGGAAAGCGCUUUGAGGACCGUCUUCUGGUGGCUGCAGAUGCAUUGGUCAUAACUUUAGUCCACAUGCUCGAUUCCCCUGUUGGGAAAUUAUGGGAAAGAAGAGCAGCACAAAUGGCAGCCAAAGGAUCUGAUAUUUGGCGGGUCAUCCCUUCGGAUGGUCAUUCAUUAACAAGCACUCCUUACGAAUUCUUGUUUCAGCCUACCACCACUUGGGAAUACCUUGCAUUGGCUAUCGCUUAUGCUUUCGGCGCAUGCUGGUUCGUCGCAACAUUAUGGGGUCUGCGAGCUCUCAAAUCAAGGCUUGGUCUUCUCAUUGCGGCAACUACUCAAUUGGCCUUCACAUUCACUUCGACAUUCACGAUCUGUGCCAUUGUCAAAACCGAUCUAUCUAUGAUACCACGAGAAUAUUACCCUUUGAUUGUGGUCUUCUGUGGUACGGAAAAUAUGCUUCAACUUGUUAGAGCUGUUGUUGUCACGCCCUCAUCACAUCAUCCAACCCUCAGAUCAGCAGAAGCUUUCGGAAAGAAUGGCCAUAUAUUUCUUGCAAAUACCGGCCAGAAACUUCUAUUUUUGUGGGUCGUGUCAAGGUUUGGGGGCGAAGGGUUGGCUACUUUCUGUCGUUUUGCCACGCUUGCACUAGUCUUUGACUUCUUCUAUUUACUAACAUUCUUCGCCCCUAUUCUAAGCAUCGAUGUACGAAGACCUCAAUUGGACGAUACACUGGCAGCUUCUCGGGAACAACGCUACUCAUCACCAGUGAGAGAAUCUUCUAAGCCCUGGGUGGACUUUAUUUUUCACGGAGGAAAAAUGCCUUCAACUCGUAUUGUUGGUACUUUAGUGGUCAUUAUUGCAGUACUUGUAUGCCAAUGGCAUUUCGACCAAGGCAUCUUACAAAGCAGCCAACAUUUAUCGGGAAGUACCCCGACAGCUUCUUCAUCCAUACUACAGGUUGAUGUUCACCAAGCCAGAACUCCAACUGCCUGGCUUCGUUUACAAGAUCAUGAAACCGUUCAUGAACUCGUAAGCAUUGUCAAACCACAUGCUCAUAGUUUUGUUGCUCAAGUUUAUGACCCUUUAGUUUUUGUUUUGAAUGACUCAGAUCGAACGCCAAAUAGAUCUGGGGUCAGGUCAUUUCUACCUGCUUUUUAUGACUUUAUCGAGAAUCAGUCCCUGCAAUUUCUUUUGUUUGUUUUCAUCACGGGUGUGCUCGUCAAUCAAUUCAUCAGAUAUCUCUUGUCGGAUGAAAUUUCUGAUGACGAAAACCAUCAAGGUCACGGUGACGAACCCCUUUUGUCGGUUAAAACAUUCGGCUCUGGUCAUGCUUUGGAUGUUGUCUUAAUGACAGCUUCUCGUGACGGAAUCAUUGUUUCGGUCGGUUUGGACAGAUGGAUUCGUAUUUGGGAUGCACAGCGUGCUGGCAGAAGCUAUGUUAUUGAAGAUCCUGGAUCCGACAUCGACCCAUUUCCCGUCUUAGCUAUGGCUAUCGAUAGUGAUUCUAACUGGCUGGCAAUCCUUUCGAAGAAGAUGGUCGCCCUAUGGAAUAUCCCCGAACGAAGAUGGGGUCCGGUAAUGCCCGUGGAUGUUAUUAAAGGGCGAACACCGGAGGCAUUCUUCUUCAGCCACAAUGCGGCUGAGCUGAUCGAUCCUGUUAUAAUUGUUCGCCAUAACGGUCUCAUGACAGAACUUCAUAUGGAAGACCAUGUUUCGAAGGAACUACAAAUAUGCCGCACUGCGCUGGUUUGUGUCGAGCCACAUCUGGAGAAAGUUAUUAUAAAUGGCUGUACACCACCCCCCAAAAUCAUUACUGCAUCAAAACGUGGCUGUGUGCAUGUUGCUGUUCAAGAAGAUUCUGGUUGGGUCUCAUAUGAUCUCAGGUUGCCGUGGGUAUCGGACGACAAAGAUGUAAAUUCCAUUCUUCCAUUGCCGGCAUUGUCCUCCUUCCUGGCUAUACGUAACCACAGUGUUGAUCUUGUUGACAUUUACACUCAUGAUGUUACUCAUUCUUUCGUUACAGAGAAUAUCAAGCCUGGAACAUUACAGUGCGUCCAUUCGACAAGACGAAGGCCACAAUGUGGUUCUGUUGGUCUGGGUUCAUUUGCGUUUAUAUAUACUUGCAUUGAAACUAGCAAACUCAUUAUGCAAUCAUACUUACCAAGCAGGGAAGGUGAUACUAUAUGUUUCCGUGAUCCCACCACACCAGGCUCCAAAACAUGCUGUUUAUGGCGGGAGACUGUAGAGCGGAAAUAUAGUAUUGAAAAUCCUGGCGAUUGGCAAGCACUCCAAUCAGGCUACGUGGUAGGUGUGCGGAAGUUACAGGAUCAAGGCAAACAAGCAAUGGGCAAUCAACUGUUUGGAUCUAUUGGAGGCAGUGGGCUUCGACGACGUGGUGUUUCUGACAGGAGAUCUAAUACGGACCAUCCAGGAGGUAAAAAUGAUGGCUGGGAGGUCUGGAGUUUGGGGGCACGAGGGGAUGAGGCUUCUGUGCCAUUAAAUUCGAUAUACGACCAGUUACUGCUCGUUGGUAAGCUUGGCCCAGUCACGAAAGUCGGUACGAAUAGUAUCGCUGUCGCGCUGGGAAAUGUUGUCAAACUUAUCACUGUCGGUCACGAACGCUAUGAUCGCCCUGGUGACGACUCUGAUGAAACAUUCGUGGGCAUGGUACCUGCUGCGAAUAGAAGGAAGAGACCUGUUCUCAUGCGAAAGAGAACAGAGUGA